CACACACACACAUCCACACACAUCACAUCACACACCCCAUACACACACACACACACAUCCACACACAUCACACACAAACACACACACAUCACACACACACACAUCCACCCUAUCACCCACCCCAGCCAGCGAUGGGAAUUCAUGACCUGUCCAAGGUGAUUGGCGACAACGCCAGUCAUGCUGUGAAGGAGACGGAGAUGAAGAACCUCUUUGGCCGCAAGGUGGCCAUUGAUGCGUCCAUGAGCAUCUACCAGUUCCUGAUUGCGGUGCGAUCGGAAGGCAGCAACCUCACCAACGCAGAGGGCGAGACCACCAGCCACCUCUCCGGCAUCUUCUACCGCACCAUCCGCAUGGUCAACAACGGUGUCAAGCCCGUGUAUGUGUUUGAUGGCAAGCCACCGACGCUGAAGAGUGGCGAGCUUGCGAAGCGGACGGAGCGCAGGAAGGAGGCCCAGUCCAAGCUGGAGGCCGCCACGGAGGAAGGCGUGCAGGCGGAUAUGGAGAAGUUUACGCGUCGACUGGUGAAGGUCACACCCGAGCACAACCGGCAGUGCCAAGAGCUCCUGGACCUCAUGGGCAUCCCAUACAUCGUGGCGCCGUGUGAGGCAGAGGCGCAGUGUGCCGAGCUGGUCAAGGCGGGAAAAGUGUUUGCGACGGCCACAGAGGAUAUGGAUGCGUUGACGUUUGGCACGAGUGUGCUGCUGCGUCACAUGACGUUCAGCGAAGCGCGCAAGAUGCCGAUUCAGCAGUUUGAGCUGAAGAAGGUGCUGGAGGGCCUCGACCUCUCCCAGGACGAGUUUAUCGACCUGUGCAUCCUGCUUGGCUGCGACUACUGCGACAAGAUUGGAGGAAUUGGACGCGUGCGCGCGUACUCACUCAUCAAGGAGCACCAUUCCAUCGAGGCGAUACUGGAGGCGAUCAAGAAGGAGAAGAAGAAGUACACAGUGCCGGACGACUGGAAGUUUGCAGAGGCACGCGAGCUGUUCAAGAACCCAGAAGUCGCGCCGGCAAAGGACAUCGACCUCAAGUGGAACAUCCCGGAUGUUGACAAACUCGUUGAUUUCAUGUGCAACAAACACGGCUUCGAGGAGGGCCGCAUUCGCCGCGGUGCAGAGAAGCUCGUCAAGGCGCGAUCGACGUCAACGCAGGGUCGUCUUGACUCGUUCUUCAAAGUACUCCCGGGCGGGGCUCCAAAGAAGCGCAAGAGCUCGGAGAACAAGGCUGGGGCGAAGAAGGGCAAAGGAGGAAAAGUGAAGGGAAAGGGAAGGAAGUGAUGCGCCAAUGGGACCAAUGUCACCCGUUGUGUUGGCACCUCGCUGACUGUACUGUUGUUUUCAUCGCGCCACAUACAUGCACCUUCCGUCAUCAUAAGUAAACCCCACAGCCA